AUGGCGUACAGUGAAGGCAUCACUGCGUCCACCGUGGCACUAGGUGCCAUUGCCGCCGCCGCCAUCUACCUCACCACCAAGGUGUUAUACCGCCUGUACCUACACCCGCUGUCCCGCUUCCCGGGCCCCAGGCUCGCGGCCGUAACCUACCUGUACGGCGCGUACUACGACGUGAUCGAGGACGCGCAGUUCGUGUUCAAGCUGGGCGCGCUGCACGACAUCUACGGCCCCGUGGUGCGCAUCAGCCCUGGCGAGGUCCACGUGCGCGACUCCGGCUUCUUUGAGACCCUGCACCCGGGCCCCGGCGGCAAGAAGACGCAUCGCGACAAGUGGCACCGGGCGAACCGUGCUAAUGGCGCGCCGGGCUCGCUCGCUUCUGCGGGCCCCCAUGCCCUCCACCGCGCCCGCAGGGCCGCCGUCAAUCCGUACUUCUCGCGGGCGGCGAUCGCGCAGCUCGAGGCUGAGUCUAUCCGUGCCAAGGUGGGGCUGUUGUGCGAGCGGCUGCAGGAGCACGUGUCCUCGUCGUCCACUGCGGCUGGGGCUGGGGCCGCGGGAGGGGAGGACGAGGUGGUGGACGUGGGCGCGGCCAUGACGGCGCUGACGCUGGACGUCAUCACCGAGUACUGCUACGGCGAUUGCUACGACUGCCUAAGGGAUCCGGCCUUCGCACCGCAAUGGAAGCGGGCAAUGCAGGGUGUGUUCGAGUCCACCAACGUCACCAAGCACUUCAUCUGGCUGCUGCGGCUGGUCAACAGCCUCCCCGCCUGGCUGGCCGUCAGGAUGAAUCCGGACAUAGCUGUCUUUGUGCAGUGCAAGUCCCGCCUAAGCGCCCAGGCCAGGGUCUUUCACGCCGAGCAGCAGCAGCAGCAGGCCGGUCUGGAUAAGGACAGGAAAGAGGGGGAGAAAGAGGUGGAGGAGAAGGAGAAUCAGCCCCGGGCCAAGACCAUCUUCCACGGCAUCAUGCAGGCCAACCUUCCGCCCGCGGAGAAGAGAAUCGACCGCCUGGCGGACGAGGCGUUCGUGCUGCUUGUCGCCGGCGCCGAGACCACCGCGCGCACGCUGUGCGUCAUCCUCUGCCACCUGCUGUCCAGCCCGUCGGUGCUCACCAGGUUGAGGGCGGAGCUGGACCCCAUCAUGAAGGAGUCGGCGGGCGGUGGGUGGCAGCGGCAACCCCAGCUCCCACCAAGCCGCGUCCUGGAGGAGCUCCCGCUGCUGAGGGCGGUGGUGCAGGAGGGCACGAGGCUCGCGGAGCCGGUGACCAACAGACAGAUCCUAGUGGCACCGGAGGACGACCUCGUCUGCGGCGGCGGAGGCGGGGAUAUCGUGAUCCCGCGCGGCACCCCCGUGUCGCAGACCUUCCGCGACGUCCUGCUGGACCCGGAGAUCUUCCCGGAGCCGCGGGAGUUCGACCCGGACCGCUUCGCGAGGGCGGCGAACGAACAUCCACCACGCCGGCUUGACAGGUACCUGGUGAGCUUCUCGCGGGGUGGCCGGUCGUGCGCGGGCAUAAACUUGGCGAACGCAGAGCUUUACCUGACGGUGGCGGCGCUGGUCAGCAGGUUCGACAUGGAGCUGUUUGACUUUGACCGGGCGAGGGACCUGGACGUGGUGAGGGAUAAGUUUAUUGGCCUGCCUUCCCAAGAGGCAAGGUCUAUCCGGUUCAGGUUUCGGCCAAGGGCCUCUUAG